UAAAGAACUUUAACAUGUCGUCUAAGCAAGUUUCCAGUAACACUCUUCACCAAGAGAAGCUGCUGCUUAACCCAUUUGAUGUCAAUGACGAUCAGAUGUUGGAGAAAAUAUACAUGACUCAUUACCACUGUGUUGAGAAGUAUGACGUUGAAUCUCUUUACAAGAUUGCUUCAAACGUUAUCCAUCACUCAAUUGAAAUUGCUGAUUUGAUCAAGGAGAAUGGGCAACAAAUUGAACAAGUCAGAGAAGAAAAGGAUCCAUUAAUCUCUUUCCCUCGACUCCCUACCUUGAAGCGAAUUUCUUGCCAGAUGAUUUGCACGGGUCGUGGAGAGCAAUAUGCGCAUCAGACAACAAUGUUGAUCCUUGAACAGCUGAGAGAGUAUUCCUGGGAUGCAAAAGCGGUGAUAGCUCUGGCGGCGUUUGCUCUUGAGUAUGGCAAGUUUUGGCAACUUGCCCCCAUUCCACGUGACAAACUUGGAAAAUCAUUGGCAGAGUUGAAUGGACUUCAUAGCAUCGUGGAAAACAUGCAGCAACUAGAUAACUUCAACACUUUGGUGAAGAAGGUGAUGCAAGUAGUUAAAUGCAUCACUGAUUGGAAGAAACUCAUUACUGCACAGUAUAACAUAAACGAUGUUCCUUCUUUGACCGACACUUUGCAUGAGAUUCCUAUUCUUGCGUACUGGACCAUUAUCACCUUGGUCACUUGUACUAGCCACAUUGAUUUCUUGUGUGACAAGGGAUACAGAUAUGACUUGUCUAAAUUUGACUAUAAGUUGGACUACAUUCUCAAAAAUUUCAAGGAGCAUCAGGAGAAGUGCAACACACAGAUAGGGCGAAUAGAAGAUUACUCAAAGCGGAAGGAUAUUAUAAACAAUUUCACUGAAACUGACAUUGUAAAAUAUUUGGAAGCUCUUAUUAUCCCCACUGAUCCUCAAGAUCCAAGACCAGUAGUGUAUAAUGUUCUUACCCAAAAAGAGGUUGGAAUUGGAGUGUUCAAGAACAAAUAUGUGUUGUUGUUCAUUUCGGGCACUGACAACAUUGAAUAUGAGAGUCAGCUUUUGAUAUCAAUUGAUGGGAAAUUGAGGGAAGGGCCUAAAGAGGUAGAAGGUUACAGAAAAGAGGAUUUCAGUAUUUUGUGGAUCCCCAUUGUGAGAGUUUGGGAUGAAGAGCAAAGGAAAAAGGUAGAAAAUAUUUGUGAGGUUGGGUGGUAUGUGGUGAAGGAAUUCAAUUUCCAAACAGGUAUUGAUCUUAUCAAAGAGGUAUUCAAGUACAAGGGUAACCCCAUUAUCUUGCUCAUUAGCCCUCAGGGUAAAGUGGAAAACCCUGAUGCAAAACAAAUUAUUUCAACAUGGGGGAUUGAGGGAUUCCCUUUCAGAACCUCUGACCAUACUCGACUUACUCAACAAUGGAACUGGUUUUGGACUGAAAUGAAGAACCUCAGUUCAACAAUAAGGGAAUUGAUGAACAGGGAGUGUUACAUCUUCAUUUAUGGAGGCACCAACACCAAGUGGGUUGAAGAAUUCAGCACAGCUGUGGAGAAAUUGAAAAACAGUGGAACAUUCAGCCUAGCGGAAACCACAAUUGAGUCCUAUAAAUUGGGAAGUGAGAGCCCCAAGAACGUUCCACGCUUCUGGAUCACCAUAGACAACAUGCUUGCCAGCAGGAAACGAACAAAAAAGGGUGGUGAAGAAGUGGAAGACUCCACAACAAGAGAGAUUAAGAAUUUGUUGUCCCUCAAACAAGAUCCUAAUGGAUGGGCCAUUCUUACAAAAGGGUCUCACGUCAAGCUUCUGGGUCUUGGUGAGCCUAUGCUUAAAACUGUGAUGGACUUCGAAAUUUGGAAAGAGAGAUUGGAGCAUGAAGUGAGCUUUGAUGCAGCUUUCAAGGACUACUAUGAUAAUUGUGAGGUUAAGAGUGUUCCUAAAAAAUGUGAACAUAGGGAAUUUGCUAAUUACCCCACAGAUAUUCUGGCUCGCUUGCCAUGUCCAAAUAAGUGUGGACAUCAAAUGGGAGUGGCUUCUGUUAAAUACAAAUGUUGUCAUGGUCAUGAAACUGGUGACAUUGCCUGAGACAAAAUGCAUGCAUUACACAACUCUCACGCACAGUGCCUUAAAUUUGGUUUCGUUUAAGUUUGGCUUAAAUUUGGUUAGUAUAUAUUCAUUUUUAUGGCUUUUGUCUUAGGUGAAUAUUAUUUAUUGAGUGAAUUGUUUGGAGAGAAUAACUGGUUCUGCGCUCUUCUUCGUUC